UCUGACCUGGAGGAGUCCAAGGGCCAGGAGGUGUCGAAGCUGCAGCAGGAGGUAGACCGCCUCACUACAGAGCUGCAAGCAGCCAAGGACGAGAUACAGUCCCUGCAGCAGCAGCUGGCAGCUGGCGGGGGUGGGGGUGGGGGGGCAGAGAGCAACGAGCCUGUGAUCAAGACGGUUGUUAGGGAGGUGGUGAAGGUGGUUGAAGUGCCUGUGCCAGCGGCAGCGGUCGGGGCAACAGCCUCAGGGACUGAGAAGCUGGAGGGUCGUGAGGCUGCUGCUGCUUGCUGUUGCAGCCGCCGCCCUGCUGCUGCUGCUGCAGCGACGACAACUGCAUCUGCAGUAGAAGGCAAUCUGCUGCCGCUGCUGCCGGUGCCAGUGCCGGUGCUGGCGCAGUGGUUGUGGUGGCAGGCACAGGGGAGGCGGGCAGGACGGCAGAGGGGCUUGAGAACGAGAAGCUCAAGGCGGCACUAGACGUGUCGGACUCGCGCGUUGCAGCCAUGGAGGAGAUGAUAGUGCACAAGGACGAGAAGCUGCAGGAGCUCGAAUCCGAAACUGGCAAAGAUGAAGGGCGAGCUGCAGCGCCUGGAGGACCAGUUCAGGAGCAUGGACCGCGAGAACCAGGUGCUCCGGCGCCAGUCGCUGUCUGUGGCCACGGCAGCGCAGACCACGCCGCAGCGCGCUCCUGCUGCUGGGCGGCUGUCGGCGCUGUGGGGGGUUCGGCUGUGACCCCGUCCACGCCCAGUGGUGCUGGGUAUGAGAUGACGCCCGGCACGCCUGGCAGCGCUGCUGCUGCUGCUGCUGCUGCGGCUGCUCGUGGGGCCACGCAGGAGGCGGAGGUGAAGAGGCAGCAGAUCCUGGCUGAGAGGCAGCAGGCGGAUCAGGACACGGUGCUGCAGCUGCUGCUCACCGACCUGGCGUUUGACAACAACCGCCCCGUGGCGGCAUGCAUGCUGUACCGCGCGCUCGUGCACUGGCGCUCCUUCGACGCCGAGCAGACCAACGUGUUUGACAAGAUCAUCCAGACCAUGAGCUCCGCCAUUGAGAACCACGACCCCGCUCCUGCUGCUGGUGGUGCUGCGGGUGCUGUUGUGCCACUGCCAGCGGCCGCGGGGAGUGGAGGGGCAGCGGGGGGUGCGGCGGGGAAUGCUGCGAGGCUGGCGUACUGGCUGUCGACUGCGUCGUCGCUGCUGCACCUGCUGCACCGGUCGUUCCGGCCGGGGGCCGCGUCCGCGCUGCAGAUGCACGCGCAGCGCAGGAGGCAGCAGCCUGUGUCCCUGUUCAGCCGCAUGUCUCAGACGUUCCGUGGGCCGGUGACGUUGUCACCGGACGAGACGAGCGCAGCGGAGGCGGACGGGCUGCACCUGGUGGACCCCAAGUUCCCCGCGUUGCUGUUCAAGCAGCAGCUCACGGCGUACGUGGAGAAGGUGUACUCGUGCAUCCGCGACAACCUCAAGAAGGACAUCUCGCAGAUGCUUGUCGCAUGCAUCCAGGCCUCUCGAUCCUUCCGUACGCCCAUGGCGCCACGGCAGCAGCACCGCUCGUCGCCUGACGGGGCGCGGGCGGCAGCAGCGCAGAGCCAGGCGGCGUCGGUGGCAGCGGCGGUGGCGCAGUGGGGUGGGAUCAUCGCACGGCUGACGGACCUUCUGAACACACUCAAGGCCAACCACGUGCCGGCCUUCCUCGUGCGCAGCCUCUUCUCGCAGAUCUUUGCCUACAUCAACGUGCAGCUCUUCAACAGUCUGCUGCUGCGUCGCGAGUGCUGCUCGUUCAGCAACGGCGAGUAUGUGAAGGAGGGCCUGGCGGAGCUGGAGCGCUGGAUCUUUGAGGCCACGGACGAGUAUGCAGGCAGUGCGUGGGAGGAGCUCCGGUUCAUUCGCCAGGCUGUCGGUUUCCUGGUGAUCCAUCAGAAGCCCAAGAAGUCCCUGGAGGACAUCACCAACGACCUGUGCCCCGCGCUGAGCAUGCAGCAGCUGUACCGCAUCAGCACCAUGUACCGCGACGACAAGUAUGGUACCCAUUCUGUGGCGCCCGCAGUCGUCAAUGCAAUGCGCCUGAAGAGCACAGAGGAGUCCGCUCAGAACGGCACCAACUCGUUCCUGCUGGACGACGACUCCUCUGUCCCAUUUGCUGUGGAUGACAUAUGCAAGGAGCUCCCCAGCAUCUCCCUCACCCACCUCUCCCUGCCCCCCCACGUCCGCGACUCGGGUCACCUUCACUUCCUCUUCUCGUAGAACACUGCCUCCUCAGCAGCAGCAGCAGCAGCAGCAGCCAGUUCUUAGGUACGUUCGCAGGAGUAGCACCGACAGUGGGAGAGGGGUCCAUUCUCUGGUAGUGUUUAGGAGACUUGUCAGCUGCUACGUGAGGCGGGAGUCUGCAGCAUAAUGCUAUACAUGUGCUUCUGUUUGGUGAUUCGCUGUAGCAGAUAGUGUAGGGCAUGUGACAAUGCAUCUCAUCAGGCAGCCAGAGUUGCAUCAUGGGCACGGCACGCACGGCAUGGAGCAAGUAGCAUGGCCGGCAGCAUCAGGCACCUGAGGCCAGGACAUUCACAAGAAGUUAAGAUGGUUGGGCUGGUUGGGUUUCUACCUGAGACCUGAUUGUUCUCACAGUUCUUUCAGGGUGGCAAUGCUGCCGUCUGUUGCUUGGUUUCGUCGGGGUUUACAUGGUGAUACGCUAGGUAGACUGGGCUGAUCUGGGUUGUCAGGUGUUAUCGUGUACAAACCAAGCACAGGUGAUAGAGAUACAGUUGAGAGUCUUGAUUGGUGUAAUUGAGAAAGCUUGCUUGUUAGUGCAAUU